CGUGUUCUAAAAGAUGUCAAUAUUUUACAAACAUAAUUUUGUAUAAGUUGAAAAUAUUUAUUAAUUUCGAAAUUUCUCUUUAUAAGUUUAUAAUUGAUACUGCCAGUAGACCUUGACACACUGUCAUUCCAUGUUUGUAUGUACUGAUCGUGUAUUCUUUCUUUAAAUGCUAAUGAAAACCAUUUUCUAUUUAUGUCAUGAUAGAGAAUUUAGAUUGUUUAACUAACAAAAUUCGGUAUUGAUAUUUGUUUUAACAUAUAUCAGAAAUAGAAAUUAAGACUUGAUAUUGUCUUUUGUAAUAUAUUUAAUAAAGAUAACCAACUAUUUUCUAUCCUAUAUUGAGUUAUUCUUAAUAGCAUUGGUAUUUUUUUUUUCAAUAAACUUACAAAGUUUGAUAAGUUCAUUUUUAUUUUCACUAUUUAAAAGCUCAUAAAAUUUCACUGUGUUUGGAUUUUCAUAAAAAUAUGACUUGAUGAAUCGUUUUCUUUGUUAAGAAAGGGCAAUACAUUUAAGAACAUAGUGGUAUUUGUCACCAAUGUCAUUGUCAAUACACAACUGACAUUUCCUGUCAUUUAAAGGAACAUCACUCCAUCUCCUGUUUCAAUAGGUAGUAUAUGAUUUCUUAUUCUAAAAGAUGUUAAUAUUUUACAAACAUAAUCUUGUAUAAGUUGAAAAUAUUUAUUAAUUUCGAAAUUUCCUUUAUACGUUUAUAAUUGAUACUGCCUGUAGACCUUGACACACUACAUUAUCAUGUAUCAUUCCACGUUUGUAUGUUCUGAUCAUGUAUUCUUUGUUUAAAUGCUAAUGAAAACCAUUUUCUAUUUAUGUCAGAUUGAUUUUCCCAAAUAUUCCCAAAUCCAUGUUUAAAAAUAAGACUUUUUCUAUGUUUAAACCAUUUGGAAUUUAAAGUCCCUUUAUUCUGCUUACCAUUGAUUAUGAGAUAUAAAUUAUUUGACAAUUUAUUUGCUAUUUGGGUCAGUAACUUUACUCCAGAAAGAGAUAAUUAUUGUAUCAAUAUCUGUUUGUAUUGGUUUAAUUCCUAAUUCGCCGUAUAUAAUAUGAGAUGGAGUAGAUUUUUAAAGAUUAAGAAUAAGUUUCAUAAAUUUAAGUUAUGUUCUUAAAAUUAUUUCAUUGUUUCCAAAGCCUCAAACCUCACAGCCAUAGAGUAGUAUUGGUUAUAUAGUUUUAUUAAAUACAUCUAUCUGUAAAUCAAAUGACAAUUUUAGAGCUCUUAUCUUCCUAAAGAGAAAAAAACAUUGCUUUUUUAGCUUAUUCUGCUAUAUGCUUUUUGGCUUUAAUGAAACUUUUUGUUUUUGGUAGAUAGACACCUAAAUAUUUAUAUUGAUCAGUGUUUUCAAGAUUUGCUUCUGUGAAUUUAAAGUUGUUUUGAUCAAUUUUAUUCCUUGAUCAAAAUACAACUACCUUUGUUUUACUGGUGUUUACUGUAAAUUUCCAUUGAUCACAAUAUUGUUCAAAGAGAUUUAAUGAGUUUUGUAGGUCAUCACUACUUUCUCUAAGUAAUAUGGUAUCAUCUGCAUAUAAUACUAUAAAAAGCUUAAAACUUUUUCCAAUUUCAUUGGUUCUAACAGUGCAAGUUACGCAAUUUCCGAAGCUUAAAAAGUUUUCCAAAUCAUUCAAGUAUAUUAAAACAAAAGAGGAGAUAAGUUUUCGCCUUGCCUAACACCUGCCAUACAUUAAAAGAAGUUUGAUAAAGCUUCAUGUGUCUUAAUUCUUGAUUUUAUAUAUUGAUAAACAUAUUUUUUAUAAGAUUGAAAAAAAUCCAUUAAUAUUAUAGUUAAGCAGACCCUCUCUCCAUACAGUAUCAAACGUCUGUUUGAAAUCAAUAAACAUAAAUACAAAAACGUUUUUUUAACUUGCACUUAGUAUAUCUACCAGGCAUUGUAAAACAAACCAAGUUGUCAAUAGUUGAAUGAUUUUUUCUGAAACCUGCUUGACAGUUAUUGAUAAGAUCUGCUUAUUAGAAUAAGCUGCUUAUUAGAAUAAGAAACUUAUUGGAAUGUUUUAUCAAAUUUAUUUCGAGACAAAUAUCGCAUAAAGGUAAGUUUAUAGACUGGUUAGUAACAUUACACCUACUUAAGUCACAAUCAUGUUUCGUCAAAUUACAUUUUUUCUGGUUUGUAUCUCUAGGGCACUGUUUCGAAAGUGAUUCAAUAGAGCUAAAUAAUUACAUUUUAUACAGCAUCAUGCUGGAAUAAUGUUUAAAAUUUAAAAACUAAAGACAUUAUAAGUAACAUUUUGCUAAAAAUUUCUAACUGGUAUGUUAUAAAUUAAUUUGAGUCAGUUUGUAAUGAUUUACGAUGCCGGAAAAACUAAACCUGAAUCAAACCGGAAGCGUCUAGUUCAGCAGGUGAACAAUCAGUCGAACCUGUGUGAUGUUACAGUGAAAAUGGGAUUAUGGGAGAAGAAGUUCCAUCGAUGUAUUCUUGUAAUAAGUCCCUUCUUUGACCAUGUUCUCAACGACAAUUUCCUGGAAAGGCAGACAGGUAUAAUUGAAAUAGCAAUGGGAACACCUGCAACACUUGAGACAACUAUCAUGUUCCUGUAUGGUAAGAAGCCCAAAUUGAAUGAUGAAAAUAUCGAAAAUAUACUUCACAUGGCUGAGUUUCUUCUUAUUCCAAACUUAAAGUCUGCCUGCAUAGCCUGGUUGAAAACUGUUUCUGUUACUCGAGAAAACUGCAUGAAAUUCUUACAGCUGUCAAGCAUUUACGAUUUUGAAUUACCGAGGUGUACAACAUACAUUGAAGAGCAUCUGCCAGAAAUGCUUCUGUUGCCACAAAUGAUAAACCUGACAAAAGAUUCCAUUCUCUUGCUGUUUUCAGAUACACGGCUAUCAUACGUGCAAAUGGACGACAGGCUACUGUUUUUACUUAAAUGGUUAGAUGCAAAUCCAAAUACUAGGAAGGCUCAUAUGAAGGAAUUACUGUCAAACAUAGAUUUCCAUUCGAUUUCCAAUCAAUGCUUGCAAGAAGCGUUGAAUAAUUCAGAUGUUGCUUGCCAUAUACAAUCAGAAUGUAUGACGACUGUUGGAUCGAAUGAUCGACGAGUUCUCAUUAUGAAAGAAGGUAACUACGGGGAUUCAUUCUGGUGUUUAGAUUUGGAAAGAGAUCAGUGGUUUCGAGUCAAAUCAAAUUCAUUGAAAGAAGACAGAUCGGGUGGCACUGUUGAAAUAUCUGGAACAUUUACGAAAACCACUGGAUCACUAGUCUGUUCCGUAAGAAGCUAUCCAGAGACGAGUUUUAUGCUGCUUGACCUACCGAAGGAUGCAUGCACAAAAAUGAAUUUUACGGCAAACGAAGAUGAUUUUAGCAUUAAACAGCCUGAAAAUAUAAAGGUUUAUGGACACGUAUGUAUUGUUUCGGUAAACAAAGAAAUAAAAAAAAUGCAAAAUUUAUAUGAAGAUUCCAGUUUCGGCGAUAUCCACCAAAGGUUACGUAUAAUGUCUUUGUUGGGACUGGCAUCAUACGAUCAGUUAGUUGCACAACAUAUGAUAGACAACAGAUUAUCAACCUCUCGUUAUAUUGCUAUUUCAACGCUGUAUAUUGGGCAUAUCGGUGAUAGCAAUGUAGACAUGUUACCACUUUUCUCUAUCAAAGACGACGAAAUACGUAAAUUCGCCAUAAGUGAAAGCGCUAUUGCAUUCAUCUUAAAGUCACAAAAAUAUGUGUCACUUUAUGAUGUAAAUGAAGGGCAUUUGGAAAGAAAAAAAACAAACGACCAGCUACAACGAUGAAAUUGCUCCGAUUAAAGAUGGAUUUGUAAUCUACGAUAAUAAGAGAUGCAUAACAUUUACACGAAUGCAGGGCGCGUGUCUUUCCAACAAAUAUCUGGUAGAAGAAAUUCCAUUCGAAAAUAAAGAUGUUCAACAAAUUAAAUAUUUCAUAUGCAGUCAGAUAAUAUAUCGAUAUUAUCGAAAAGACUACGGAGAAAAAUUUAUAUUAGAAUGUACACCAUUUCAAACAUUAGUCUCUCGGGAAACUGAUGAAUCUAUAGCAUGGAAACAGUUGACACUGCCAAAGGAAAAAGCGUUAUGUUCACUUGACACUAUUAAAGAAAAAUGUUUUGAAAUAUCUCUUCCAAAAUCUAUACUCCGUUGUCACGUCGAAUGCCCACAUUGCAAUAUGACAUCAACAGAAGCUUAUAGUAGGUAUACAUACCAACAGGAUUUUGAUGAUUACUACAAUGACGACUCAUCGUCGGAUGACGAUUGUUACGUCCCAUCGUACUAUGAUUCAGACUACGACUAUUACUAUGAUUCAGACUAAAGAUGUAUGUAGGAACUGCCAUAGCAAACGUUAGAAGCGAUGUUAUAAUGUUAUCAGCAUCUGCAUUUGUUAAACUUAAUUAAUUGUGAUGUGCAUUUCAAGAUUUCCUGAAUGAAAAGAUAAGCACAGUGCUGAUGAUAUUGAAAUUAACGUUUCUAUGAAUCGCGUUGAUUAACAAGUUCAGACUAAAAAAACAAUUAAAGGAGAGAAAAUAUCAAUUUAGAAUAUUAAUUAUAUCGUGAAGCGUUAUCAAGUAAAUGCAAAAAAUAUAUUGUUUAAUAUUAUAUUUAUAUUAUGUAACAUUGAGAGUACAACGGAAUUAUAAUAUUUAAACAAGAAUAUUUAUCUACUGAUAUUAAAUUAUAUUGAAACGGU